CCGUCUCCCAACCAACCAUGGCCACCACAGCAGCUCUGUUCCUCACCGUGUUGGCCCUCGUCGGCGCCCAAGUCCAGGCCUUCGAAGACCCCGCCAGCAUGAUUGUGCAGAAGGCCCUCCACAAACGCUGCACGCACUCGUACACCGCCUCCUGCUUGAAGAUGGACCUCGUCUCUUUUGUUGAUAGAAUCGGCGAACAGGACUCUUACCAGCUCCUUCCGAGCGUCAGCAUGGUGCGUCAGGACGGAGCGGACUCUGAAGGCCGGUCUGCAGGAUCGGACUCAAUGGACUCUGUGAUGGAAGCUGUGGCGCAGGACGCCGAAGUCGCCGAGGGCCGUCUGGAUGGUCUGCUGAUGGACCGCAUGUCCCGCUACCUGGAUACCCACGCCAUCAGCGUCCGACUCUUCGACGACGCCACCUUGGCCAAAAUCAGGAAGGCGGGACAGGACGCCGCUGAAAAGUACUCCUUCCUCGCUGUCCAGUCUGGUCGUGGCAAGGACAAGAAGGGAGGCGGCGCCCUGCUGAUGGGCCUGAUGAUGAUGAAGGCAACCCUGGGCGCCCUGGGCUUCGGUGCCAUCGCCGCCCUCGCCGGCAAGGCCCUGAUGAUCGGCAUGCUGGCCAUGAUGCUGUCCGCCAUCGUCGGCCUCAAGUCGCUGGCCUCCGGGGGCGGCAAGUCGGUGACCUACGAGAUUGUUUCCAAACCCGUCUACUCGCACUCGCAGAGUCACUCCAGCGAGCACGAACAUGGACACGGCUAUGGCGGUGGCAGCAGCUACGGCCACAGGAGGAGCCUGGACGCUGCCCACGAAAUGGCCUACGCUGGACAGCGCUGAUUUUUUUUUUAAAUUUCUUACCAAAAAACUGACACUUUCUGACUUAGUGACUUCUGUAACUGUGCGACUUUUUCUUUGUCUGUGAUUUUUUUCCAACGAUCUAUUCUUUUUCCUAAUUUUUCCCUAUCGCCAGUUUUUUCUUUGCCGACUUCGACUGCUCUUGCUGACUUGUGACUAUUUUAAUUUAUUGCAUUAUUUAUUUAUUUGUUGAAUAAUUUAUUGAAAUAAAUUAUUGUUUUUCAA